UGAUGGUCGAUCAAUUAGACCUCACAGCGCUGGAGAUAUCUUGGCGCCCAUACCACUUUACACUUUUCCUCGAUACACAUGGAAGCCCCAAAGCCGCUGCUGGAGCCACUUGCGCCUAGCCCCACAGACCUAUCACAUUCCCGUCGGCGCCGAUGCGUCUGGUCGUCCGUAAUAGCGCUCGGCGUCGUGGUAUGCACGGUCGUGCUCAUUCUCCCCCAUAAAAAAGAGUUGGCGUCCAACACCGCGACAGGGCUGCACAUCGACGGCACCGCUAACCUGACAUUCUGGUACCGAAAUAACUCGCACUGGCUGCCGGAACCCGAUCUCGCCAAGGUAUUCAAGCUCGUGUCGCCACUCCUGGCGCUACUCGAGUCCAACCCCAAGAGUAACACGCUCGUCUUCGCAGCGACCAACACCACAGUAGUGUUUCGUGCCGACGUGUGGUCGGUCAAGGAGUGCUCAACGAUCUCCCGCGCGUUGAACAAGAGCUUCUUCACAUACGACUUCGCUCAUCAGCUGUGCUACCUCAACAACCCCCCGCCGUCCAUGGCCCUAGAUGUGGGGUCGGCCGACUCGACGUCCAAGACGGACUGCCUCGUGUCAUGCAACCGCACGCUGUCGUGCAUGGGGAUGUUGUACAAGUCCCAAGAGUGCACGCUCUUCAAGGCCGCAACGACCACCGCGAUGGCCACCGCCGGGUGGAUCGUGCCUUCCCUCAAGGUCAAGUCCACCAAUAACAACCCGACCGUGGCGCCAGCGGCUGUCGAGUUCGUCUCUAAAAUGGCGACCAAAGUGCACGUGUACGGCACCGCCCACCAAGACGACCACGAGCUGUUCAUGGCCAACGCCCUGUACACGACAUUUCAAGAUCGUAACGUCAAAGCUGUGUUUGUGUACACGAGCGCCGGCGACGCCAACCGCACGGACGGGUGGUGGGAGGCGCGGGAGGUCGGGACGCUGGCGGUCACGGAUUUCUGUCUGAAAGAGGCCGGGUUCUACACGACCAAUCGCAAGGACGAAGUCGUGUCCAUCUACAACCACACGAUCGGCAAAGUCACGAUCGGAAAUGCCGUCCACUACUUUCUUCGGCUCAGCGAGUUCAACUUGACGUCGAUGAUGGCACCUUCUCCUGGGAAUAAUGCCCCGUCACAGAAAUUGUAUGUCCCGUUGGGAGCGCUAAACGCAGGCGAAACAGCGUACUCGAGCUUGUCGGAUGUCCUCGCCGUCAUCCGAUACAUCAUCCGAAAGGAAACGGCUGGGGUACCGUCAGUAUCGGCGUUUGUGCCAGAGUUCAUUGACAAGGGCAACGACCACCAGCUGCAUGUGGGCACUGGCAAGUUGUUUGCGGAUGCGCUGGCCGCCGAGCCUGGGCUGCAGGGCUGCGUGACCACCACGACCUUCUACGGGUACCAGCAUUGGCUGGAAGCCAUCAACAUGAAGGAACCCAUGGUCAGCUUCCAGCGCCGGGUGUGGCUCGCGCUCGCCGCCGCGCUGGAUCCAGUCUACCCAGGCAAGGACGUCUGGUCCAACCACGUGAUGAACUUGGGCAGGACGUACGUCGCGCGGGUCAAUGCGUCCACGCCAGGCGUGCAGUGUACUGUAGCGUAGAAUGUAAUAUCAGACAAAACACAC